UCCUCCUCCUCCUGCCCGUCCCGGCCCCAACUUUCCUCGCGGAGCAGCGCGCAGGGGCCGCGGAGGCUCCGCGCUGCCCGGAAAACUUGGAGGCUCGGCGGCUGAGUUUGGAAGAGAGGAAGCGGGAGGAGGAAGAGAAGGAGGAGAAGAAGGAGAAGGAAGAGAAGGAGAAGGAGGAGGAGAAGGAGGAGGAGGAGGAGGAAGGGGCGCGGCGCCGCUCCGCGGGCGCACUGCUGCGCGGGGGCGGCAGAGCAGGGCAGGGCGCGGCGGCAGGACAGGCGGACAGGAGGACAAGCAGGACAGGAGGACAAGCAGACAGGAGGACAAGCAGACAGGAGGACGAGGAGUGCCGGUGCUUUCAGUCUUUUCCGUGUCGGCGUCCACGGGUGCCGCCGAGGAGCUCCGGCAAUGAUGUCCCUGCUCCAUACCUCUGUCCGACUUCGCACGCGCUUGAAAGGCUGACCGACCUGAACGCGGUGCCGUCAGCAUGGGGCGGGCAGCGAGGCUUUGUUUCACCACCACAUCGGCUGUGCCUGCGUGGUUCCUCCUGGGCAGGGCGCCCUGAAGUGUUCCCCAGGGAAAAGAGACCAAAGCAACGUCCAGGAGAAUGAAGAGGCAUAAGUGUCCCUACAGAUGUCCCACAAGAAGGAAGAUUCUGAUUCUGUGUUUCACGGGGUGGGUGAUUGCACUCCUGAAACUCCUCCAUGUUGAAAGACAUUUUUUUCCAUCUAAGGGCAUUUAUUUGGUUGAGCACUUCUUGAGCACUUCUUCUUAUGUUAGAAACAGGUAUUCCUACCUUAGAAAUCACUUUCAGUAUGAAAUUAAUUGUUCAUCUAUAUAUGAACAAGAUCCCCAAGAAAUUGGCAAGAGUUUAGAGAUAAGAAGAAAAGAUAUAAUCGAUUUAGAUGAUGCAGAUAUCAUAGCAAUGACGAAUGAUUGCCACAUUUAUCGCACACUUAGGAAAUACCACCUAAAACCUGUUUCUCCAGAGGAAGAGAAUUUUCCAUUAGCCUAUUCUUUGGUUGUUCACAAAGAUGCAGUAAUGGUAGAAAGGCUCAUACAUUCACUGUACAGUCAUCAAAAUAUAUACUGCAUCCAUUACGACCAAAAAGCAACAAAAAGCUUCAAAUCUGCUAUGAACAAUCUAGCUAAAUGUUUCCCCAAUAUUUUCAUUGCAUCAAAACUGGAGACAGUGGACUACGCACAUAUUUCAAGGCUGCAAGCAGAUUUCAAUUGUUUGUCUGAUCUGAUGGACUCUACAGUUCCCUGGAAGUAUGUUAUUAACUUGUGUGGCCAAGAUUUCCCUUUGAGGUCAAAUUUCCAGUUGGUUGCUGAAUUGAAGAAACUCAAUGGGGGAAACAUGCUGGAAACCGUAAAGCCAAGCAGCAGCAAAAGAGAACGAUUUACUUAUCACUAUGAACUUAUGAAAGUGCCUUACGAAUACAUGCAGAUGCCUGUGAAAACCAACAUUUCCAAGAACCCGCCACCUCACAAUAUUGAGGUGUUUGUAGGCAGUGCCUAUUUUGUUUUAAGUCGAGCUUUUAUUCAGUACACCCUCAGAAGCUCUCUUGCAAAAGAUUUUUUUGAUUGGUCAAGGGAUACCUACUCUCCGGAUGAACAUUUCUGGGCCACUCUUGUACGCGUUCCUGGGGUGCCUGGGGAAAUUUCGAGGUCAGCCCAGGACAUCACAGACCUUCAGAGCAAAACUCGAUUGGUGAAAUGGAAUUAUCUUGAAGAACAUUUAUAUCCUCCAUGCACUGGUACCCACCUUCGCAGUGUCUGUAUCUACGGAGCUGCAGAAUUACGAUGGCUUAUGAAUUAUGGGCACUGGUUUGCCAAUAAGUUUGACUCCAAAGUAGACCCCGUCCUGAUAAAAUGUUUGGCAGAAAAACUGGCAGAGCAACAGAAAGAGUGGGUUUAUUUGUCCUCUGACAAAUAUUUUCUGCGUAUAAGUUCUGUGAAUACCUCGCUAUAGCAGUACCGCUCUCCCUGCUCUCAGUAUUGUGUACUGCUGCAGCAAGGGGCCUGGAGUUCUGCCCUGACCUGCUGCAGGAGGCUGCCAGGAGAACUGCUCCUUCUGCACAAGGUCCAGGGCUCUGGGGAGAUGUGUACCUGGCCACCUAUUUAUGAAAAGUCAUGUCUCUCUGGUUCACCAUUUUGUAACUUUCUACAACGAUCCUGUUACUGUUCUUCAAGGUGAUUCUGGGAGGGUAAGGUUUGCUUUUGGAGACUCUGGCACUAUCCUAACGAAAUAUUCCAGAAAUGUUUUACAUCAAGCGUGUUCAUGUCUUUCUUAAGGAACCCCGCCGUGCCUGUUUGCCUUUCCCCUUUUCCUUCAUUUUUGUUUUUCAUUAAGGUGUGAAUCAAAGACCUCUAUAUCUGCUACCUCAGGAAAACUGGAAGUGCCCAGCUCACAGACAAAGCCAAGAGAACGACGCGACACCACGAGCCAUGUGGCCUCCCCAGCCAGCCUGAAGCCCCAAACUCCCCCUCUGUGGGAGCGAGCAGAGUUCUCUGUAACGUGAAUGUGGCUGGAUGGCACAAGGAGAAGAAAUCCUUGGACACCACAUUGCACUUGGCAUUGCUUGCUUCUCCCAGCUCAUCUGCGUGUUGUCUUUCUUUCUGUGGAGUGUGUGUUCAGGGGCUGUGCCACGCAUGUGGAGUGGGUGGUGGUGGAUUGAAAACAGCCUCUGUGAACAUGCGUGAAUAAUGCACUACUCCUCUUCAAGGGUAGCAAGGGUUUGUCCUAAUGGCAGCCCUUAAAAGUAGAUACCCAUGCCAAAAGAUGUCUGCCUUCAUAUCUAUCCCUGCCAAUAGAAAUACCCUCCUGUGAAAUCCCAGUCCUUUUGGGACGGUAUUUUUACACAUGGUGGAUAACAACUGCUAUUUCUAAUUAACACUGAGUAGUGUGGUGCUAUGCGGAAACACAAAACACGCUACAUCCAGCAGCAAUCAUCAGAACAGCCAUGCUGCAGAAAUGCGGGCCCUGUGUAGAAGUGGCUUUCUGUGCAAGUCUUACAGCCUCACACUGCCAUGACCCCAGGCUGAUGUCCCUACUUUAGAGCAGUUCAGAGUUAUAGCAGCCGUCCUUCAGGCCACCCAUGCUUCCCAAGGCCCGUGUCAGGCCUGCUGGUAGCAAAGGGGUCGGGUGGCUUCCUCUCAGCUGGGCCGCCACACCACACGCUGAGGGAAACCUUGGUCAGUGCAGUACUUGUGGCUAAGAAAUGCCCCUUGGCAUUUUUGGGGAUUCUCUGCAAUGUUGCUUUGCCACCAGCUCAGUUUUGGCGGUUCCAGAGGACUCCACAGUCUAGCUUUCCCGGUGUUACUGUCCCAUUUCUAUGCACCUGGCUCUUGUGAAAGGCACCCAUGAGAUGCCACAAUAAUGAUCAUGCCCUGUACCCACAAGAAAACUUUGUUUCUUCUUUGAGUUGAAGGAACCAAGUCAUUCCUUGGUCUGGGAUUUUGUUUCUAAGUGCAAUCCUGGUCAGCUUGUUUGUGGCUUGAGGUUGGGUUUGAAUCAAUAGUCAUGGGCCUUUUCCCCCAUUUGUGACACUGAUUUCCUAUGAGUUCUCAGACGAGUCAUCUGACUUUUCUGUUCCAGCUGUAAAAUGGGAACAACAAUGCUCUACUACCUUGUUAAGCACUUACAAAUGUAUGGAUGAUGUCUGUGGUGGGUUGUUUGCACAACAGUAAUUGCUGAUCAAAACCAUUGAUGAAGUUUUGUGUGUGUGCAGGUCAAGUAUCUCUUUGAUGUACUGUUUCUCAAAUAAAUGGGGAUUAUUUUUAAA